AUAUCUUACCAAAACGACACAUCUCUUGAAAAAAUCUGAAAAUCGAGUAACAAUCAAUAGAUUAGUAUAAUCCUAAUCUAGAAAGCCAUCAAAAGGACCUUGUCCAAGUUGUUGUUUUCCAGGAAAACUAAAGAAGGACAUCUAUAAAAAAUGUCAUCCAGAGUCUUAAAGAAGUUGCAGGGUGCUGAUGAACUUCAGCCCAACGAUGAAGAUGUUGAUAAUCUGUUGAGCAGUGAGGGUGAAGAAGAUCCCGAUUUGCAAAGUGGCAAGGGAAAAUCCAACUUUUUCGAUUUGCUGAAUCAACAAAGUCCCUCGGAAAGCGAGGUAAAAGAGGAUGACAAUGAAACUGAGCAUGCAUCUGCAGCUACUAAUCUUGAAACUGGACCAGCCGCCUCCAAGAAGAAAAAGAAGAAGCGCAAGAAGAAGUCCAAGUACACGGGAAAUCAUAUAAGCAGUGAAGAUAAUGAGCUUACUGACAAAUUUAUCAAUGACAUAGACCCUCUACUCAACAAAGUGUCGGUGGCCACUACACAAAAUCCCAAAUUAACAACGCCAAGAAUUGAAAUCGACAAAUCAUUAAUGGCGGUGGAAUUAAAAAAUCUUAAUCCUCAAAAUGAAAUGCGGCGUACAUUCGGUAAAAGAGUAGUCAAAAUUGAGAACAAGCGCGGACGUCAAAAAUUAACACUAAAAUCGACAUACAUGGUAACAGCCAAAGAAUCGUGGCCACCAGUAACCAAAAACAUUAUAAAUAUGAGACCAUGUCAGGCUCCGGAUAAUGCUACAUCCACAUCAACAAUGGCACGUGUGGGAUCAAUGGAUAAAGUACAAUGGUUUGCCUUUGAGCACAGUCAAUAUUAUCAAAGUGUACAAAAUCUAUUUCUUACGGCAUUAGAACGAACCGAUUCCGAUUUUUUGAUAAAUUUAAUACGACGCUGCCCCUAUCACGUCGAUUCCUUAAUACAAUUAAGUGAAUUGUGCAAAAUGACAGAAGAUUUUUCACUUGCCGCCGAAUUAAUCGAAAGAGCUGUGCUAGUUUUAGAGACAUCAUUGCAUCCAAGCUUCAGUCUAACAAAUGGCAACUGUCGUCUAGACUAUAGGCGUCAAGAGAAUCGUGCCCUAUUCGUGGUACUUUUCAAACAUGCCCAGUACUUGGAAGCAAGAGCUUGUUGCCGCACGGCAUUUGAAAUUUCAAAAUUGAUUUUGAGUCUAAACCCUGAUGUAGACCCCUUGGCAAUGGUUCUUAUAAUUGAUUAUUAUGCCAUACGCAGCAAGCAACAUGCAUGGCUAGUAAAAUUUUAUGAAGAGUAUAAUGUUGUACGUAAUUUGUCGCAAUUACCCAAUAUGGCAUAUUCUUAUGCCCUAGCAUUGUUCUUGUUGCAUGGAGAUGGCGAAAAUGCCGACAAGGCAUUGCAGUACGCCUUGCUCAUGUUUCCGGGAGUCUUGAAGCCUUUACUGGACGAGUUAUCAGUUCAGACAGAUAAGCGGGUAUUGAGCAACUCAUACUUCAACUCAGAGGUUUCUGGAAGUCAAUCUCCAGCCCUCCAUCAAUUGGUUUCAUUAUAUGUUUGUCGGGCCAAAGUAAUUUGGCGUCAAAAUAACAUCCUGCCUUGGUUGGAGCGCAAUGUUAACGCUGCUUUAGAUCGUAUCGAAAGCAAAGAUGAAGUCAUUCAAGACUACAAGCAAAAAAGAUCUGCUCGUUAUGUUCAGCCACCAAGACCCAUAUUGAGACAUGUUAUACUCUCUGAUUACAAGGAGAAAGUACCAUUGGCACCUUUUGUGGCUAAGGAAAAGGAGGCCAUUAUGAUGUAUGACCCAUUGCCACCACUUGAUUCCGUCAACUUUUAUGAAAGGAAAUCAUCAUCAAGUAGCCCUACCACAGCCAGUAACCGAUCUGUUUCCAUGUUUUUCCAAUCCCUAUUACCCACUUUUAACUUGCAAAAUGCUGCCGCCGCUGCCAACGCUGCAGAUCCUCAGCAGCAGCAACAGGUUGUUGCCAAUGUAGAACAAGCUGCCGCACGGGUUGCUGCCCAGGUUCCAGCCGAUGCUGCAAACGAAGUGGCAGAAGUAGAUCGACAUUUACAGGCUUUAAACAUGAAUUUGGAUAAUGCAGCGGCUGGCACAGGACAAGGAGCUGUUCUGCGUCAAUCAUUUACCGACGUUGUCCAUGCCAUGCGAGAAUUUAUUCAAAGUGUGCGAAGUGCGACCGAAAAUCUGCAGCCAGGUGAAAAUGAUGGAAAUGAUUCAACUGAAGAAGAUACUACAGAUUAUUUUGAUUAAUGGGCAAAUAAAAAUGAAAAUAAAAAACGCCCUACUUCAGGAAGUUAUGAAAAAUAAAAAACAACAUAAUUUACAGCUGAAACGUAUAUGGCUUUAUAUGUAUGUCUAUUAAACUACUAAAGUCUCAAAGACUUUUUUCUUUUGGUACAUUUGAAUUUAAGAUUAUCUCUUACUAAUAAAUUUCCCAAAUUUACGUAACUAUUUUAAAGAACAAAUCACAUUAACAAUGUAGUCAAAUGCAAAAAGAAUCGGAAAUAUUUGUCGCCACCACCUACUUACUACUAUCUCUCUAUAAAUGUAGAAUAAACGAUUUUUUAUCAAUAGCAUCAAAAACACAUAUACAAAAAUUAAUAUUUGAAAAUUUUCUAUUUUAAAUAGAUGAAAUUUAAUAAUAACAAUUUAUAUGAUAUACACAUUUUAUAAACACAUACAAAUCACUUUAAUCUUUAUGAAGAAAAAAAAAUUGUUAGUUUGUGAGAGAAGCAAUUCAUAUUUAUAAUAAAACGAAAUGUAGAUUUGCUUAUUUGUUAUAUCCCUACUAGUUGCCAAUGCAUAAUUUUAUUAAAGGAAUUUGAUAAAUGUUUAAUUUUUGCAAUUUUUUUUUUUUUCGUUUUGGGUACUUAUUCCAAUUUAUACGCAUAUAAUAUUAAAUAUAUAUAUAUUUAAAUAUACCACUUGUCUUUUCGUGUUUGAAUGGAGCAUAUAAUAAAUUAAAACGUCUCACAUGGCUUACAUAAAAAA